GAAAGAGAGGUGGGAGUGUCUAAGACCUCAUCCACAACAUGCCUCUACCACUGCCUCUUGAACACAAGAAAACGCUAUUAUACCAAAUGUGCUGCUCAGAUCCAUGCCUAGCAUUACUGAUGCUUUUUUUAAAAUGUAUUUUCAUCCUGCACACAAGGAAGGAAGAAAUGAUUUGGACGUUAAUUAAGAAAAUACUUUUUCUCUUCAUGACCGUGCUUGGCAUUCUGGGGAACAUGUCUGUUUCUGUGAAUUAUAUGUUCAGUUGGUGGGGAGGCCCUGAGAAGAAACUCAUACACCUUAUUCUCAUCCACUUGGCUUUUACAAACAUUGUAAUUCUUCUUACAAAAGGAUUGCAAAAGACUAUUGUAGCUUUUGGUAUGAGAAACUUCCUAGAGGACAUUGGCUGUGAGAUCAUUGUUUACCUGGAGAGGGUGGCCCACGGCCUCUCUCUCUGUACCAGCAGUCUCCUCACUGUGGUCCAGGCCAUCAUCAUCAGCCCCAGAGCAUCUGGGUGGAAGAGGCUCAGACCAAAGUCUGCAUGGCACAUCCUUCCAUUCUUCGUAUUCUUUUGGGUAUUCAAUGCAUUAAUAAGUAUGAACCUAAUUAAUUCCAUCACAAGUACAAGACUGAAUAUAUCACAGCUUAAGAGUGAUGACAACUAUUGCUAUUUUAUGUUACCAAGUCAAAAAAUAAAAUUGAUUGUUCUCCCUCUCCUGGUCCUGAGAGAUGCAGUGUUUCAGGGUACCAUGGGAGGGGCCAGUGGCUACAUGGUAUUUCUUCUCCACAAACACCACCAGCAAGUCCUCUACCUUCAGAACUCCAAGCUUCUCUACAGAACUCCCCCUGAGCUGAGAGCUGCUCAGAGUGUCCUCCUUCUGAUGCUCUGUUUUGCUUUCUUCUACUGGACAGAUUGUGCCUUUUCUCUAGUUUUAAGUCUCUCCUCAAGGGAUAAUACCUUGACAGUAAAUCCUAGAGAACUUCUGACCCUUGGUUAUGCAACUUUUAGCCCCUUUGUGCUGAUUCACAGGAAUGGGUUUCUGGCUGAAUAUUGGCAUGCUCAGUCGAAGAAACUGAGAAAAUGUCUCGCAUUUAUAUGUUCAACAAGGAAGAAAAAACUCUCAGUUCUGCAAUAUUGUGGGUAAGACGAAAUGCCACACAACAGUCUAGACAUGUGUUUUUUCAACCAGUAAUCUUGGUUACUCAAGCCU